CUGGGACAAUGUCUAUCCGUGAAUUUAGCCGAAAUUGUUGACUUGCAUAUUUCAUCUGUCACUUUGUGUGAAUGCUGGACGAGCGAGUUUUUAACACAAAAGCUAUUGCUUUAAACGUGAAAUAAAGAAAAAAUUCGAUUGAGAAUAUUCCAAACACAGAUCACAAAGUGCAUAAAUUGUCCGGAUUCGUUGAAAAGAAGAAAGAAAAUUUAAAAUGGAUCGUCUAUUAAGAUUGGGUAGCGGAGUGCCGGGCCUUUCGCAAGUACCACCACUGACCGCAGAUGCCCCAGUUGUGGAUACGGCUGAACAAGUUUACAUCUCAUCAUUAGCUCUACUCAAAAUGUUAAAACAUGGUCGAGCAGGCGUACCAAUGGAAGUCAUGGGUCUCAUGUUGGGUGAAUUCGUCGAUGACUACACCGUACAAGUAAUCGAUGUAUUCGCGAUGCCACAAACUGGUACUGGUGUAUCCGUCGAGGCUGUCGAUCCCGUCUUUCAGGCAAAGAUGUUGGAUAUGUUGAAGCAGACCGGUCGUCCGGAGAUGGUUGUCGGUUGGUAUCAUUCACAUCCGGGUUUCGGUUGUUGGUUGUCCGGUGUCGACAUAAACACGCAGCAGUCCUUCGAAGCGCUUAGCGAACGAGCUGUAGCUGUUGUCGUCGAUCCGAUUCAAUCGGUGAAAGGAAAAGUGGUCAUCGACGCUUUCCGGCUGAUCAAUCCGAAUAUGUUAGUUUUGGGUCAAGAGCCGCGACAGACUACAUCGAAUUUAGGUCAUCUACAGAAACCGUCUGUUCAAGCGUUGAUACAUGGACUGAAUCGGCAUUACUAUUCGAUUAGCAUUAACUAUCGGAAAAACGAACUCGAGCAAAAGAUGCUAUUGAAUCUGCACAAAAAAUCGUGGAUGGAUGGCCUUACGCUGGCCAACUACAAUGAACAUUGCACCAUCAAUGAGAGUACGGUCGCUGAAAUGUUGGAUUUGGCCAAAAAUUACAAUAAGGCACUGGAGGAUGAAGAGAAAAUGACACCCGAACAACUGGCAAUCAAAAAUGUGGGCAAACAAGAUCCGAAACGGCAUUUGGAAGAGAAGGUGGACACGCUGAUGCAGAACAAUAUCGUCCAGUGUUUGGGAGCCAUGCUUGAUACCAUCGUUUUUAAGUGAUUUUCGUUUCCUUCAAUUGCGGCAGUUCAAUCGAAGUAUUUUUCGUUGAAUGCCAACUGAUUUUAUAAUUAAAAAAUAAAUCCAAAAACAAGAUUUGCUCUCAUCGAA